AGCGUGUAUUGUGUAUCGGCUUUCUCUCGGUUUGUAUACGGGAGGCUGGAAAAUAACGGGAUCGGAAAAACUAAUAAUCAUAUUCAAGAUGGUGGGAAAAGUAUUGUGGGAAACUGCUAUUGAUCAAUGAAAAUAACUUGUGUCUCGUUGAUAUUUGAAGAUAGAAAACUAUAUACACGUCUGUUUAUUUGACCGGAUUGGAGUUAAUAUUUUAUAUUCCGUGAUAUAUAGUGGAAUAUUGUUUAAUUUAUAUUGAUACUAUCCAUGUAAUACAUUCGUGCUAAAUUUGAAGAAAGAGAGGUGGAGGUAACUUAUUUGACAUUGACAGGAUAAGGACCUUUCCACCACGAGCAUCAUGCCCCGUUUUCACGUGCGGAUUGACAACUCAACCCUGUCCACGGCCCCUUGGAAGAGGGGCCAGGAUUACUGGGCCUCGUUCGAGCUCUACCCAGAGUGGACAGGGGCCACACACUACGGCUUUAGGGGGGUUGCGUUCCACCGGAUGGACUACUGGUCAGAGACACCUGUGGUGGUAAAGACCUUCCGGAACAAGGACGGACGGGCGGACGACUGGGCGCCCUAUAUGAAGAGGUGUGACAUGGGGCAGAAGCUGGCCACCGAGUACAACAAGCAUCUACAGGCGCAGCAUUGUUCUUCCAAGGUGUGUUUUGUGCAACCGAUCGACGCCGUGAUGGACAGCCGGUCGGACAUCAUGGUGAUCACGCGGCUGUUGAUGCGCUUCAACAAGAAGUUCUCCGAGGACGAGGUUGUGCUGUUCGAGGACCUUCUGGAGGGAGACUUCAAAACAUUCAUCACCAGUCGAGGCGUGGCCACCUGCGAGCAAUCUCAGAUUCUCGACGCAUUCGCGCAUUUCACGUUUUCCAUCUCCGACGAACAAUUUGUGGUGUGUAACCUGCAAGGAGUGGAGGAAAACGGGAAGUACACUCUCAGCAAUCCCGUCAUUCACUCGCGCGACGGCGAAUAUGGAGAGAGCGAUAAACGCGAUGUCGGAAUAAUUGACUUCUUUAAAAAUCACAUAUGCACCUCACUGUGCAAACAUUUUCCGCGACCCGACAUUGAAUGUCACGUUAUGCCCACUGCCCCAGUAUAUCGGUUCGACACUGCGGUAAACAAGGAAAUCGACGCAGACGAAACUACGCCUAUGUUGGCAGACGACAUUAACCAAGCACCUCAAUACAUACCAUAUGAUCCGUGUGCCCCACCGCCAUAUUCUGGAUGACUAAAUGUUAAAUCUUGAUCAAAUGGUACGGUCACUGAUCGCAACUUUUUGGAUCUCAAACACGGAUUCAGAUUAAUGUUAACAAUGUUAGGAGCGCUUGCCUGCAAUUCUCGAAUAGGGCCAUGGCAUAACCACGCAGGCGUGUCCUUGCAUAACUUCCAAUCCAAAACAGGUACAGACAAGCACGUGGAAUACAUAAUUUACAGCUUUUUGUGUUUCGAUGUCUCUUGAAGAUCUGGAUAUUGUAUCUGAAGCUUAAAGUAACACGAAUUCGCCUUUUAGCAUUGGGUACAUAUUAACCAUGCUGUAUAUAGCGCCACGACAGUCGUUUGAUGCAAAUCAAGUUUAAAGUUUAAAGUUUAAAUUUAAAAGUUUCUACUGUUUGUUGACCUCAUUUAUCAUUGAAAAGCUUGGAAUAAUCGUUAUUUUAAUAGAAAAUCGUGUUUCAUUUGCAAUUUAUGUCUUUAUUAUUACAAUUGUUAACAAUACUGUUACAAAAUGUUGUUUAUAUCACAUAUAUUUAUUCUUUGAUUAACCAUAUUAGAUGUUAAAAUAUAGCUAUUGUUUAUUAAUUUAAAGUGUUCUAUAUAAGUCACUCAUAAACUUAUGCAGAUUGUU